GUGGCCUCGUUGGAACCUCUGCCCCCUAAGUUCCAUACCCUUACUGCUGACGUGGGACACUGGACGCAUCCUACAACCGGAGAACAGCAGAACUUCAUGGUGAUAGUGGAUGAGGGCUCUAGGUUGGAUACAACACUUCGGCCAGCCGAAGACCCUGAGGCUAUCCAAGGACUGAAACAGCUCAUGUCUAAGAUGGUACAAACAGAGAAGGAUGUGAAUGCGGAAGAGCUGCUCAGUACGGCCGUGUCGGUGUUCAACCAGCGGGAAAUGGUUCGGGGUUUCUCCCCGACCCAACACGUGCUGGGGGUGAGCCCCGAUGCAACAGGACAGUGUGUGAAACUGCCCGGAUCAGAGGAUGCCGGGACGAUCCUCAACAGCCCGGUGGAGGAUUUCCGACGAGAGGCAGAACUGCGGGCAGCCGCAGAGAAAGCCCUGGCAGAGUGGAAUGCUCAACAGCGAAUCCAACGGGCUCUCAACUCUCGGUCGCGUCCUGAUUGCGUGUACCAACCUGGAGAUCUGGUGUAUUUCUGGAGGACACAAGAAUCUAACAAGAGCAAGAAGCAACCUGGAACCAAUCAGGGACGCUUCCUAGGCCCCGCGCGAGUACUGGCCAUGGAAACAAGGCAGGAUGCAGAGGGUCAACGACGACCUGCCCACGCUAUCUGGUGUGUGCGUGGCCGGAGCCUGAUUAAAUGCAGCCCAGAACAGCUAAGACCCGCCAGCCAGCGGGAGGAGCUGGUGGAGGCCCUCACGGACCAAACUUCAACGCCCUGGACAUUCACCCGUCUGGUCGAGGAAGUCGGCGGCAAUCAAUACCAAGACGUGUCUGCUGAGGUUCCUAGUGCAGAGGAGUGGGCCAGAGCCCAAGACCCAAGGCAGGAGAUCCAGCCCGCGCGUCACCGCAUCACCACAAAAAGGCCAGCGACUGAUGUGAGUCAGGGCGACCCCGAGAUGGACGAGGGCCAGGAGGUGGCUAUAGACGUCCCGCAGAGCCGCCGGGGACUCGAAACCAUGACACGGGAUCUCCAGAACUACUUCGUGGGAGCCUUGAAGAGGAAGGCUGUGGAAGUGAGCGAGCGCCGGCUUUCGCCGGCCGAUCGGGAGCGCUUCCAAGAAGCAAAGAGCGUGGAGGUCCGCAACUUCAUUGCGGCGCAGGCGUUUGAAGCACUUCCCGACGAGCUCAAGCCAAGCCGUGAACAAGCCGUGGGUAUGAGGUGGAUACUCACGUGGAAGGUUCGAGAUGACGGGGGGGUCAAGCCAAAAGCACGUGCAGUGCUUUUAGGCUACCAGGACCCCAGCUACGAGCACCGAUCAACUACAUCUCCAGUAAUGACCAGGCAGACCCGACAGCUGAUGCUACAAUUAGCUGCCAACAAAAGAUGGCGACUGAUGAAAGGAGAUGUGAGCGGGGCGUUCCUGCAAGGGAGAGCCUACCCCUCAGAGCUCUACUGCAUUCCAUGUGACGAGAUCUGCCAGGCAAUGGGACUGGCGCCUGGGUCGAUUACUCGCCCGAAGCGAGCCUGCUAUGGUCUCGUGGAUGCCCCGCUGGAAUGGUACAAGACGGUAGCUGAGUUUCUGUCAAGCCUAGGAUUCGAAAGACUCUGGUCGGACUCGUGUGCAUGGAUGUGGCGCAAAGACGGAGUCACUCGGGGCAUGAUUUCAGGACAUGUGGAUGAUUUUCUGUUUGGGGGAAGAGACGAUGAUGAGGAGUGGCAAGGGAUUCUUAAGAAGAUUCAGGAGCGUUUCAAAUGGGGAGAUUGGGACAAGGAUCAGUUUACGCAGUGUGGCGUGCAAAUUGAAACCACUUCCCAGGGUUUUACCUUAUCCCAGCCCAAGUAUGCCGAAGGAGUUGAAGCCAUCAACUUAAGUUCCUCCAGGAGGUCUAUGCGCAAGGCUCCGACUACUGACCUGGAAAAAUCGAAGCUCAGAGCACUUCUAGGAGGCCUCAGCUGGCAUGCUCAACAAGUGGCGCCCCAUGUUUCUGCUGAAGUAGGACUCAUGCUCUCUGAAGUGAAUCACUCCACGGUAGAGACGAUAGUCAAAGCCAACCUCCUCCUCGAGCACACUAAAGCCCGCAAGGAUCAUAAGAUGCUGAUCACCCGUCAGGAAGGCGAGACACACUUCUACGCAUGGGUGGACGCUGCCAACCAGAAUAGGAUUGACGGGGGAAGCACCCAGGGGAUCUUCAUAGGAGCUUCUUCAGAGGCCUUGUUGAAGGGUGAAGUGGCGGCUAUCAGCCCCGUGAGCUGGCACUCUACUAGGAUUGACCGCGUGUGUAGGAGUCCAGGGGCGGCAGAGACUGCCGCAGCAGUCAACGGUGAGGACACGUUGUACUACGUGCGCUACCAGUGGUCCGAGAUGGUCUACGGCAAGCCCGACCUCCGAAAUCCGGACCUGAGCGUGGCGAAGGUUCCCGGUUGUGUGAUCACCGACUCACGCAACGUCUAUGACAAACUGGCGACAGCAAUGUUCAGCAUCAACGGAGCCGAGAAGAAGGCCAACAUCGAGCUGAUGGGACUAAAAGCCGCACAAGAGUGCACAGGAGUUCUUCUGCGAUGGGUUCAUUCGGAAGCCCAGCUCGCUAAUGCCUUGACAAAGGCCCAGGAACACAAGGAGCUGGAGCUGUACUACAGGAUGCAACAUCAGUGGCGAAUUGUGGAGGAUGCGGAGAUGAAGUCCGCGCGGAAGCGAAAGAACGAAGGUCUAGAGCCCCUGCAGCAGACGUCUAGCGAGGGAAGCAAGUGA